GAGUUUGGUUUAAAACCCGAAAACUCUGGAAUUACGCCGAACCAAACAAGCCCAUAUAGUCGCCACGUAUUCCGCCUUUCCGCUUAUUUUCAAGCUUAUGGCGUCCUCCGGCGAGAACAAACCAACCACCGUGGCCGCAGCUGCAGCCGCCUCCGCCAUCUCGGCCGCCGGCGACCUCGUUGUCACCGCCUCCACUCUAAUCCCAUCCCUACUCAAUAUCCACACGUCAGACCCCAAAUCCUCGAUCCUCCUCCUUCCUCACCCCGGCUUGCCCCUCUUCCGCCGCUUCUGCCUCUUCUUCUUCUCCAUACUCCUCCGGUUCUUCGUCCUCAUCCUCUCCCUUCUCUUUCCCCUUUCACCCCCGUCGAAUUCCUACACUGCCAUUUCCAACUCUUCCUCUUCCCCUUCGCCCACAACCCGCGCCCUCUCCCACGUCCUCUCCGUCGUCUCCUUCAUCCCUGUCUCCUCCCGAAAAUAUUACUUCGCCCGAUCCCUCGCCGACCGACUCCUAGAUGAAAAUCUGAUCUCUUCCCAGCCGGGAGGACUCCAUGCGGUCAACCGCGCCGCGCUUUCGGAUGCAUUUGAGCAUACGAUCAGGCGGCUUGAGGCGGUGCUUCCGAUGCCCGGCGGUGGUCCGAUGGAUCUGGUUGUUGGUGCGAUUAGGGGCACACUAAGGCGUGUUGGUGUUGGGGAAAUAGAUGGCGGCGGAGGGAGUAUAGCAGCGGAGAAGCUGGCCGCGGAGGUACUGUGGCUCGCGCAGAAGAUGGCGGAGUGUGGUGCGGCCGGCGAGGCUGUGGCCCGAUGGGCUUCGGCGGUAGGUCUUGGGCGUUCGGCGUUGACCCAUUCAAGAAGCUUAGUACAGAAACUAAGAACAUUCUUUUCAGUGUUUCUGUUCAGGAGUGCUCACAGAAUGCAAGUUGAAUUGAACACCGAAGAUCAUGAUGAAGAUGAUGAGCUUGGCAUCUCCAUGUCCCAGUGUUGCCUGUCAAUGUUUCGUACGUGGCUCCCUCUGUUAUGCCGCGCCAGCAAUGGCAUUGACACACCCAUCCUUAGCAGUAGAGAGCGAACUGAGAUGGUGAGAGUGCUGGAAGAAAUGAUACAGAAGCUAAGCUUGGAGCAGCAGGAAGAGGUUCUUACCCUCUGGCUACACCAUUUUACUGCUUGCCCAGAUUCUGACUGGCCCAACCUUGAGUCCUCCUACACUAGAUGGUACGCCCAGUCUCGAACGCUAUUACUGCAAUGAUUUCUUAUUAUAGGGUGCUAGUUUUUCCUGCAAGAUUAUAGAUAGUUGUAUUUUAUGAACGAACAAUAAAUGCUGUCAAUAUUCUUCACUGUGUAAAGUAAUAUCCACCCAUAUGGAGAAUGGAAUUAGUAGUUUGUUAAUUUGUAUCUUAUUUUGUUAUACGGACGCAUUGUAGUUCCAGUGUAAGUCAUUUAUCUUUGAAUGAUAUUUGUAGAUUAUUAUUUUUAUUCAGUAUGCA